UUGCCACUUUUUAUAAAUGCGUAGCGUCGACAAGGAGCAAAACCCAACUGGAUAUAGAGGCGCAAGCAAAGCUCAAGAGAGGUGCUCCCGUUUGUUGAGAGAGAGACGGAAGCGUCAGACGUGCCUUCGCAGAUUCCUUGCCUUCAAUCCUUCGGCGCUCGUUCGGACACACAAUCUUCUCCAAGCUCCUGUCCAGAAAUUUGGUGAUCCAACUGGUACUCUCAUCAGAUUAGAUAAACAGGUUAAUUGAUUUGGCACGGUGCAGCUGUCUUAAGGUUGAUGAUGGAUGCCAAAAUUGCACAAAGGCCACAGUUCUCAGCGUGGAUUGAUUCGGACAAGGUUGGAAGAAAAUCAAGCUGCUCGCUGCAGGUUCCCCAAAAAUUACGAGAAGGGAGCUGUCGUGUGCUCAUUUCGGCCCAUUUAGAGCCUUCAAGAAGUUCUAAUCGGAAUAAACCGAUCUCUUUAGAAGUUCCGUGUUCGUACCGAGAGUUUCCAGGAGCUCCAAGAUUGCAAUCUGGAAGUUUCAACUCCCCUUUUGAUGAAGCUUUGAUUUUGAAGAAUAAAUCGCAAGAGAUUGAGCCAUAUUUAAGUGGGCGCUGUAUAUAUCUUGUUGGAAUGAUGGGUUCUGGGAAAACCACCGUUGGCAAGAUCCUAUCUCAAGUACUUGGUUAUAAUUUUUGUGACAGUGACACAUUGGUGGAGGAGGAUGUUGGAACUUCUGUGGCUGAUAUCUUCAAGCUCUAUGGAGAGGGAUUCUUCAGAGAGAAGGAGACUGAGAUGUUGGGAGGGUUAUCAAGAAUGCAUCGGAUGGUGGUUUCUACUGGUGGUGGUGCAGUUAUCCGCCCUGUCAAUUGGAGACACAUGCGACAGGGGAUUAGUGUCUGGUUAGAUGUGCCUUUGGAGGCAUUGGCACAGAGAAUUGCCGCUGUGGGAACACAUUCUCGCCCACUUUUGCAUGACGAAUCAGGUGAUGCCUACACAAAGGCAUUAAAGCACUUGUCUAAUCUUUUGGAAGAGAGGAGCAAAUCAUAUGCAUUUGCCAAUGCUCGGGUUUCUUUGGAAGAAAUUGCAGCUAAGCUAGGUUACAGAGACGUGUCACAUAUCUCACCAACUGCUAUUGCUAUUGAGGCACUUGAACAAAUCGAGGGUUUCCUGAGUGAGGAAGAUGGCAUGGCGUUUGGGACAUUGUAGUGACAAACCUCGCUCUUUUUGGGACAUGAUAUCAUUUUUUGUAUUCAUUUCAGACUCCUUCGUGGUUGAGUCAUUUCACAUGCCCCGUCCGUAUUUUAUCGUCGGGACAUGGCAUUUCCUGUUGUUUGUUUAUAUCGUCAUGUAUGGUGGUUCGAUAAUCUGACAGUACUGAGUACUUCGGUGUACUUUUGUUGGACGUAAGGUGAAGUAAUAUUUGUAGUCAGAAUGAGAUGGGGACGUAGACAGUACAAGUGGAUAUAGAGUCCUUGUCUUUGAACCAGAAUGAUAUGUUAUCUCAUCAAUGUAAGGGAAAAUGAAGAAUCCAAAUAUACAUUUCUCUUUCGUUGACAA